UUCGUGAGUAUAUUUUUUCGCACUCGUUCUCAGUAUGUAGAAAACGUAGACAUUCCAAAGCUGGCGGCGCCAAUGCUUUUUCUGCAUGGUGAUAUGGUCGUGGAGGAGGGGAAUUGACAAGAUGACGAAGAAAAAAAAAACUAAGUCGAGUGAGUCUUGGAGAAAGAAAGAGAAGAAGAAGAGGAAGUAGAAGAAGUAAAGCCAGCUAAUGCAGUGCAGGCGAGCCCUCAUUCGCUUUUCAAGCACGUUCGCCUGUUGCUCCGUUUACAUACACUCGUUAAACUCCGAAGGGGCCAUUGAUUUCUUGUAAAUUUCUAGAAUUAUUGUUUACAAUCUGUAGUUUGUAAUGAUAUUAACACGUAAAAAGUCAAUGUUGUGAAGAUUAAAAUCGGAAAUAAAGGUUCAAGUGAAUUACUAAAAGUGCAAAUCUCCGUUUUAUUAAGUGGCAAUUUGGUGUGAAGUUGAGAGGAGGAAAUAGGGCAUUGGGCUAUUCGAGAGGAUCAAGUGCUGGAUAAGUUUUUUCACAGAAGUGAGAGCUUUUACUUAUAAAUAAUUAAGUAUAUCAAUAAAUAAUGACUGCUGCAUGUGCUGGCGAAGUGUUUUUACGUGAACAAAAAGUAUUUACAAGCUCUGAUACAAAUUCAAUGUCUUACGAAGAACAACAGGAUGUAUUGGAAGCUCUUGCGAUCGAUAAUGAUUCAUCAUCAAGUAACGAAAGAGGUGAAACUCUUCCGAUUUCGGAGAAAUAUUCCAGACAACUAGAAAUAUACCUUGAAUCUCGUGGGAUUCGGACGUGGGAUGAACAUGAGUACUUAAGUAUUGGAGAAUCAGCAUCUUCCAGUAGUUUAGAGAGUCAUGAAUUUAUCAGCGAAGAGAACUCAUCUGGUUACAAUUCAUUAGGUGUUGAUGGAUCAACAAAGAAUAAAGUUGACUCAGACUUGCUUUCAGCUUCUAGUAGGAGUAAUUCUGGAGAAUUAGAUUGCGUAGCUCCCCCACGGGGUUCUGAUAUUUCUAAUUCCUUUGAUUCUACAUUGUUGAAAGACAGUUUGAAUGAAAUAGAGAACUCAAUGAAUGAAGAAAUUUCAUUAAAUGUAUUUGAAUCACCAUCUUCAAAGUCUAAAGCUAGUGUGCAAAAUAUUAAAAAUGAAAUUCAUCCAGAUGACAUUGCCAAGUUUUACAAAGCAGUUAGAAUGGGCGAUGCUGAAAAAAUUGAAGAAUUAAUAGCUUUUGGAUUUGUUAAUAAUUUAAAUGAGCCUGAUUGGAAUGUGUCUGGAGAUCCACCACUAUUGGUAGCUGCAACCAACCACUGUUUACCGGUACUUAGUGUUUUAUUAUCGAGCGGAUGUGACCCUGGAGUUCGUUCACCACGAGGAGAAACGGCUUUACAUCGAAUAAUUCUCAGUGGAGGAUUUAAUAAUAUCAAGCCAUUUAUACAAAAAUUAUUAGAAUAUGGAUGUUCACCAAAUGUAAAAGAAGCUGGUGGUGGAUUAACAGCUUUGCACAUUCUUACACGUCAAUUAUCUCAUAUGCAUUUUUCUAAAAGUACUCAAAAUAAUUUAGAUGAAGCGCUAGAAUCACUUGCUCUUCUUGCAAAUGCAGGUGCUAUUAAUGACAAAGAUCAUCAAGGACGCAGUGCAUUACAUAUUCUGGCAUCUUCUAUAGCCUUUGAUAAUAAUCACAAAACAGAAAUAGAAUCGGUGGUUAAAAUAUUUCUGGACGCUGGAGCUGAUACAACCUUGAAAAAUGAUCGUGGCGAGACACCAUUACAUGAAUCACUUGAAUGCGGUGCGUUGAAUACUGCAAACUGCUUGAUACGUUAUACUCCAACAGGAAUAACUUCUCGUUAUGGCGAGACUCCACUUCAUAUUGCUGCGAGGAAGAAUUACAUUGAUAUAAUCGGAAAGUUACUAGAGAACGGUGAAAAUCCUAGUGUCCGAAAUAUGGAAGGCAAUACAUGUUUGCACUUGGCAUCAGCUCGAGGAUUCCAUCAAAUAGUUUCGCAGUUAGUUACUUCACCUUUAGUGCAAUUAGAGAAAGUUAAUCAUCAAGGAUUAACGGCACUUCAAGUAGCAGCAGAGAGUGGCUUCGUAAAUGCUGUAAAAGUGCUACUCAAAGCUGGAGCUGAUCCAAUACUUGUUGCUAAUUGUACUACUCUUCGUCGUCACCCAGAUAUUCCUGAACUUAUCAACCAUGAAUUAACGAAACGUCGUGAGCUAAUUACUUAAUUCAUAAAUUUUUUAAAUUCCAAUAAAUAAAAAAUAUUUGUUUAUAAGAUUUUACUUAAUUAAGAGAAAAUUUUAUAUUGUGAUAUUAAAAUUUCAAGAGCGUGCGUUUGUA